AUGUCGUUAGAAUACUGGCAUCAAGGGGUUCAACUCUCGCUGCUCCUAUACCCUGCAUGUGGUGCCCGGCAGACGCCUCUGGAUGGCAGCGCAUCAGGGCGGCAGGAGCGUGGUGGCGAGCAUGAUAUGCCGGAGCCUGGCAGGCCUCCCCUUAUUCGUGAAUGGCAGUGUUACCCUGACCACUUGUCCAGUAGUGAAAUCGUGACCCCACAGAUUCUCUCGUCUGCAUCCGAACACACUUUGCCAGACUGUCAGUUCAUCUCAUCAUCAGCGAUAUCGUCACCAUCUCGCUCAUCUCCUAUUAUGCUCAACAAGGCCGCGCCGCCCGCCAUCCAGCGUCCUGAAGUCUCCCUCCCAGCCUCCCCCAGCUUCCUCACAAUUUUUCCAGUCCCUUCACAGCUUCACCCACAAAGUCCCUACAGCCUUACAGCUUCCCUCACAGCUUCCCCCAGCCCCUUCAUAGCUUCUCUCACAGCCUCUCUCCAAUCCCACAUAGCCUCACUCAAACCUCCUCAGAGCUCCCUCACAACCUACCCUAACCUCUUCACAGCUUCACCAUCAGUUCCCCACCUCAGCAUUCCUUCAGCCUACCACAGCCUCCCCAAACCCUCCCUAAUAUCCCUCCCCUCUCCUCACCCUCCCCAUCACUGCCAGCACUCAGCCUUAUCCCACACCCCCACUCCCAGUCCUCACCCUCCCCAUCACAGUCCAACCUCCAAAAACCUCAACGCCGCCCAGCCUCCAGCCACCAGCCACCAGCUCAGCCCCUACCCCAAAGACUCCCAGCCCCCAGAUCCCAAGAAUCCCAACCCCUUCAGCCCAUAG